AUGGCCGUACCAAAAAAAACAGGCACGCACCCUUCACGGGUGUUAUCGGUGGCUCAGUUGCCUGCCGAGGAGUCCCAACCAGGGCCAAAGAGGGCCGGAAUAAACUUUCAUCCCAUCUUGAGUUUUUCAGAAGAGGACAAGAUUGGAACCAUCCAGCCCCACGAUGAUGUGAAAAGAGUGAUAGUGAAUGGCGACAGUGCGGCUAAGGUUAUGUACCUCGACCUUUACAAAGGGUUGAGGUUAAAACCGGAGGACUUGAUGCCCUAUAGCUCUCCUCUGAUGAGCUUCAACGGGAAGCUGGUCAUUCCAAAGGGCAUGAUUAGGUUACCCAUCCAGACCGGCCCAGAAAUAGUAGAGGUGAACUUUAUCGUGGUGGACACCUACACCCCCUAUACAGCCAUCGUCGGUAGGCCCUGA